GUCAGUUCCGUCAGGCACUCAGUAGCCACCGGGAAUCCAGUGAAGGAGGGUAACAGUUAACUAUUGUACUUGUGCUCACCGUUAUUCACGCUUACCAGAUAAUACGGGCUUGAUACGAUUGAUAUCAGGCGGCGUGUGUGAUAAGAGAGCCAGUGUGGAGGACGACGUUUGAAUUUAUCUUACUUUACUACUCAAGCAACCAUGGCUGUCGGAAUCACCUGCUGGACGGUUUUCGUCUUAUUAGGUGUAUCGCAGAACUGUUUUGCAGAGGAGGCCAACUUUGCCUACCAAUUGCGACAUUUUCUGGGCGUUCGCCACCCUGAGGCCCCCAGCAACAAGCCCUUGACGGAAGCCCGGGACUAUAUUAAGGAACAGUUCAAGCAGUACGGCCUCGACCUCGAAAUUAACCAGUUUACCACAGAUAUUUACACCAAUUCACAGAAAAACUCGGUCGCCGGAGAAAACAUAGUGGGGGUAGCUAGAGGCCAUGCAGGAGGUCCUGUGCUCUUAGUGGGAGCAGACUACGACUCCAACCUGGAACAGUCUCCUCUUGAGAACAACGGGGCGGGGGUGGCGGCCAUGUUGGAGGUCGCUGGGAGCUACAUGGCGGCCACCAGACAACAAUAUCGGCGAGCCAGCACCGUUCUCUUCGUCGCCUUCGAUCUCAAUACAAAAGAAUAUGAGAACACCCGCGUUCGCUACGGACCUCCGGGUUCCUACCACUUCCUCCACCAGUGGCUGUGGCCCUUCAUCAACCAGUCGGUGGACAACUUUGCUGGAGCCAUCAUCCUCGACUCUAUAACCCGCUUCAGUACCGAGAACAGCAGUCAGCAUCUUCCUCGAGGAUUUGAGACGGCAUUCCGGGAGGCGAACCAGGAGAUCAGAACCAGAGGUAAGAAAGGUGACUUUCUGGCUCUCUUCUCCACCGGGUCAUCGGCCGCCCAGCACCUCGCCCGGACCAUCAUAGCCAACUACAAUGAGGACCCCAAGGCGAGCAAGCUACGGUUGCAGGAGCUGCGGGUCCUGACCAACCGAAGUGUGGGCGACUCACUCCACAUGUUCAACCACCAGGCACAGUUCCACUUCUGGACCUUCCAGCCCUCAGACGAACCCAUGUCCCUGCCAGCCGUCCUCCUCACAGACACAGAUGUGUACCGGAAGUCAGGAGAAGUGUGCGAGGAGGACUGUUCUGUGGAAGUCUUCCUGACCCAGACCCGCCAGGAUGCGCUAGGCCUCGUCUCCACCACGCUCACCAACGCUCUUCUCCAACUUCAAACUGCUGGCGGUGGCAGCACUGGCCUGACGGUGGCGCCCGCAUUUGUCGUGUCGACCCUGGUGGCCUCCAUCCUCGUCCUCUUCAAUUGGUGAAUUUUCCAGUGAGUGUUGCUCGACAGAGUGUUUCUUGAGCUUCUACUCUUUAAGUGUAAGGGGCUCAUUUUACAACGUGCUCUAGUGAGAGCUAAGCCACAGAAUGCUAAUUUAAUAAUUGCUUAGCCUACGAGUGUUCAAACAACGAGUCUCUCUCAGGUGUAGGCUUCUGCAGUGACUGCUGUCUAGAGGAGUGAGUGUUCCCUCAGUGAACGCUCCUCCAGGGAGUACUGCGCCAGUGACGCAGCUAAGGUGACUACUGCUGCGCCAGCGACUGCUUCUCCAGUGACUGCUGCUCCAGUGACUGCUGCUCCAUUGACUGCUGCUCCAUUACUGCUGCCUUAGGCUUCGACAGUAACUUCCUUCCGUAAAGUGAAAUCUUUCCAUCUUUUCGCAACUGAUAACGAAGACGUAACAGCAGAAAAUGAGUUCCUAAAUAUAGAAAUGGAAACUACAACACUGUGAUGCAUUAUAUUAGAGAAAAGUUUUGAAUGUUGACAGUGUUGCAGAUCAAAUUUACAAAGAAUAUUAUAGUGAUUGUAUAGUUCAUUUCAUAUGCGUGACAUUACAUAAAUUAGCAUUAUGCCAGUAGCACCAUCUUCUUGGAGUUAUCUGAUAUCUUGAUGGAAAAAAAGUUUGGAAUGCAGUUGUGAAAGUUAAUUGGUAUAAUGGCUGUGUGUGUGUGUGUGUGUGUGUGUACUCACCUAGUUGUGCUUGCGGGGGUUGAGCUCUGGUUCUUUGGUCCUGCCUCUCAACCGUCAAUCAACAGGUGUACAGGUUCCUGAGCCCAUUGGGCUC